GUGUAACGUUACGGUGCAGCUUCCUUUGCUAAACAGAGAGCAGUAGAGGGCUAGUCCUCCGGCUAACAGCAGCUAUUAUGGCGUCAACCGAGAUAGCGAGACAAGCUGGUGAAGGUGCUCGUGCUGUGCCUCUGGCAGGCCAUGUUGGCUUUGACAGUAUGCCUGACCAGCUGGUUAACAAGUCUGUCAACCAUGGUUUCUGCUUCAACAUCCUCUGUGUCGGUGAAACAGGUCUGGGCAAGUCCACUCUGAUGGACACACUGUUUAACACCAAGUUUGAAGGUGAACCCACCCAGCACAACCAGCCAGGAGUCACGUUGAAGUCCAACACCUAUGAGCUCCAGGAAAGCAACGUGCGCCUUAAACUCACUGUGGUCAACACAGUGGGCUUUGGAGACCAGAUUAAUAAAGAGGACAGCUACAAAUCCAUUGUGGAAUUCAUUGAUGCCCAGUUUGAAGCAUAUCUACAGGAGGAGUUGAAAAUUAAGCGCACGCUACACAGCUACCAUGACACCCGCAUCCAUGCGUGCCUGUACUUCAUUGCUCCAACAGGACACUCGCUCAAAUCCCUUGACCUGGUGACCAUGAAAAAACUUGAUAGCAAGGUCAAUAUCAUCCCAAUCAUUGCCAAAUCAGAUGCUAUCUCCAAGAGUGAACUGGCCAAGUUCAAAAUCAAAAUCACGAGUGAAUUGGUCAGCAACGGAGUCCAGAUCUACCAGUUCCCCACGGAUGAUGAAUCUGUUGCAGAGAUUAACUCCACCAUGAACAGCCAUUUGCCCUUUGCUGUAGUUGGGAGCACAGAGGAAGUGAAGAUUGGGAAUAAGAUGGUGAAGGCCAGGCAGUACCCCUGGGGGACAGUGCAGGUGGAAAAUGAAAAUCACUGUGACUUUGUCAAACUCCGAGAAAUGCUGAUAAGAGUGAAUAUGGAGGACCUGCGAGAACAGACCCAUACACGGCACUACGAGCUAUAUCGCAGGUGUAAGCUUGAGGAAAUGGGCUUCAAGGAUACCGACCCUGACAGCAAGCCCUUCAGUCUGCAAGAGACAUAUGAAGCAAAGAGGAAUGAGUUCAUGGGUGAGCUACAGAAGAAAGAAGAAGAAAUGAGGCAAAUGUUUGUCCAAAGAGUUAAAGAGAAGGAGGCUGAGCUUAAAGAAGCAGAGAAAGAGCUCCAUGAGAAGUUUGACCGUUUGAAGAAGCUCCAUCAGGAUGAGAAGAAGAAACUGGAGGAAAAGAAGAAAGGUCUGGAUGAUGAGCUUAACACAUUCAAACAGAAAAAGACUGCCGCAGAGCUUUUGCAGAACCAAGCCCAGCAGGCAGGGGGCUCCACCACACUCAAGAGGGACAAAGAGAGGAAAAAUUAACUCCUCCCACACUUGCUGCAUGCUGCAUGAGGCACCUUUUCUGCUAAGGAUUCCUGUAGAAAAAGUGCUCCCUUGUGGCCAUCCUGCUGUGAAUGAGUUUCCAUCCCCAUCAUCUUUUUACAGUACCCUUUCCUCACCCGCACCCAAAAAUCCCGUAACUCCACCCUUCACAUGCUCCCUCCCCCCAUGCUCUGUGGAAGACGCUCAGCAAUUGCUAUCAGUUUGCCAUCACCUUUUUUUUCCUGAAUGAUGCUUGUUGGUUUCAUGGAUUGUACAAGCGAUCAUUCAACUUGUCCUUUUUUAUACAAAUUUAUAAAAAUGCAUUCCAUAUUUUAUACUCAGUGAUUCUUUGCAUGAUGUGAGCUUUUAUAAAAAAUAAAAAAAAAAUAAAUUAACAAACAUGACUACUUGUAUGAUGGGCAGAAAUGUGUUGAGGCUAAAGAGAAACAUGCAUCAAAUACUGGGACCUGAGCAUGUUCUGGGAAAUGUGGAAGAUUAAAGAGAUAGAAGUGAAAUCUGUCUCAACUAUUAAUUGUUGAAUAGAUCCCCUUUCCUCUACAAUAGAAGACCAUUUAAACGUGAAUCAGCAGCAGCAGUAAAGUAGAAUUAAUUUUACUAAAUUGUUGCCGUUGGCUAGAUAAGAUUGCCUGUCAAAGGUGGAUUACAAAUGCCUCUUUUUCAUUGUGAAUGUCUUGUAUUCAGUGAGAACUGAGGACGAUUGUGUAGACUUUUUCUAUCUUGCUGUAAAGAAGGGAAUUGGAGGUUUAAUACAUGUCCCUUUGCUGAUGUUUCUCUUUGGCCUGAUGCAUGAGUAGAUUUGAGCCUGAUGUCUUUACCACUUCUCCCAUACCUCAUUAUGUGUUAUGUGCAUACUUGUAUUAGCUUUCACAUUUGCACUUUGUUUUAAUGUGAUGUUUUUUCUAAGUCUGUUAAUGAUGUCAGUGCAAUUGUAACUUUCGUUUUUUAUACUUAUUGUUAGGAAACAUUUAAAAUUCAAACCAAAUUAUGUCCAUCGUCCUUCAGGGACCAAUGUUGUCUGUGUCAGUGUUAACUCAAAAAAAAAAAAAUCUUUAAAAAAAAUAAAUAAAUAAAGGCCCAUUUUUUUUCACCAAA